AUGUUUGGUGAAGCUGACAACCAAGCGUCUCCUGCUCAAUGCAGCUCGAGACCCGGAGUCAUUUAUUUUUCGCAUGGACGCCAUAUUCAAGUUGAACCAAGUCGGCAUCCUGUCACCGUGUGUGGGAUCUCGGACAAGUGUCGGUCUUUUCACCUUGUGGAUCUCUUCAUUACGUCUCAGCGCUUGGAAGAUAUUUACGUGUUGGCGCUAACGGAGCUGCGCAGGGUAUUUGCGUCGGUGUCCAGUUGGCAAAUGGUCGUCAAGUUCGUCGUGGUGGAUGCCAAAGCUGCUCAACAAAACACAGCGGCGCAAGGUUUUGGUGUGGAUCCCGAAUCAUUUGCACCUAUGCCUCGUACGACUCAUUGA